AUGAAAUCAAACCAGUUAUACUGUUUGUCUUCACUUGUUGUUGUACUUAUACUGUCAGUGACUUCGACAGUGACAUCAAAGGACGAGAUUGUUUCUUGUACAAUGUGUUCUUCGUGCGACAAUCCUUGUAAUCCAGCCCAAUCAUAUCCUCCUCCUCCUCCGCCUUCUCCUCCACCACCUUCACCAUCAACCACCACCGCAUGUCCUCCGCCUCCUUCUCCUCCGAGUUCCGGCGGCGGUGGCUCUUACUAUUACCCUCCUCCCUCUCAGUCCGGUGGCGGGAAAUAUCCUCCUCCGUACGGUGGCGGUGGUCAAGGCUAUUACUAUCCUCCGCCGUAUUCAGGAAACUAUCCUACGCCGCCUCCGCCGAAUCCCAUCGUCCCUUAUUUCCCGUUUUACUAUCAUACGCCACCACCAGGUUCUGGCUCAGAUCGGUUUAUGGGUUCUUGUUCUAUUUUUUUUGCUCUUUUCGCUGUCUUCCUCUGUUUAGUGUGA